AUGCCAGAAUUGCAUGGUAAGAAAUCUUUUAGGGGAGUUGCACUACACUCUAAAGAAUUUGGAGAAUCAAAAUUCAUCGCCAGUGAGGAACUCAGACACAUUGUGGGGACUGGCGCUGGAAAGUCUUAUGAUUUACGAAGCACUGCGCUCUGGGAAUACAGUCUCCUGGAUUAUUCGAAAGACGGAUGCUGGUCCAGGAUGUUUCGCUCUUAUAGGCCUGAAGACUUCUUAUAG